ACUCAAGUUGAAGGUCAACCGGGGUACUGCAGACUGCCAUUAGCAACUAAACUUGUUUGCGAUUUUAAAAUGAUCGGUUCAAGGAUAUCUGGUGUAUUAGAAUCAAUUAUUAGUACCAUGCUUGUCUUCGAAUGUUGUAUUUACGUAAAGAUUGCCAUUUGUUCAUUUACUAUAAUGGGGGACCCUGUUUUCUACAAACACUGCCUGCAGUAUCGCGGUCAGCCUUGAAUUUCCGUGGCUUCAAUGAAAGAGGCAUCACAGGAGGAACUGAAGGGGUCAUACAGGCGACUGUGCAUGCUCUACCACCCAGACAAGCACAGAGACCCUGAAUUGAAAAGGCAGGCGGAACAGCUCUUUAACCUAGUGCAUCAAGCUUAUGAAGUCCUUAGUGACCCACAGUCACGAGCUAUCUAUGACAUCUAUGGCAAGAGAGGACUGGAUGUUGAAGGAUGGGAGGUGGUGGAGAGAAAAAGAUCACCAGUAGAGAUCCGAGAGGAGUUUGAGCGUCUGCAGAGAGAGAGGGAGGAGAGACGGCUACAGCAGAGGACCAAUCCCAAGGGGAUGAUCAGUGUGGGUGUAGAUGCCACAGACCUCUUUGAUCGCUAUGAGGAGGAUUACGAGGAUGUGCCUGGAGGGGGCUUCCCACAUGUUGAGAUCAACAAGAUGCACAUAUCACAAUCCAUAGAGGCCCCCCUCACCACCUCAGACACAGCUGUUCUCUCUGGCUCCCUCUCAACCCACAAUGGAAACGGAGGAGGAAACAUUAACGUGGCACUGCGGAGAGUCACCUCUGCUAAGGGCUGGGGGGAGGUGGAGUUUGGGGCAGGAGACACACACGGGCCCCUCUUAGGUAUGAAGAUAUUCCGCAACCUCACAGCUCGCUGCUUUGUGACUGCUCAGUGUGGACUCCAUUUCUCGUCCCGGGGCGUGCGGCCUGGUUGCACCACGAUGCUGGCUCGGCACCUGGACAAGAACACCAUGGGCUACCUGCAGUGGCGCUGGGGCACCCAGUCCUCCAUGAACACCAGCAUCGUCAGGGACACGAAGACAAGCCACUUCACCUUGGCCAUGCAGCUUGGGAUCCCUCACUCCUUCAUGAUGAUGAGCUACCAGUACAAGUUCCAGGACGAUGACCAGACCAAAGUCAAGGGCUCAAUCAAAGCUGGCUUUUUUGGGACGGUGGUGGAGUAUGGUGCAGAGAGAAAGAUCAGCCGGCACAGUGUCUUGGGGGCGACUGUCAGUGUAGGAGUACCUCAGGGCGUCUCCCUCAAGAUAAAGCUGAACCGAGCCAGCCAGACAUAUUUCUUCCCCAUCCAUCUGACUGACCAGCUCCUGCCCAGUGCAGUGUUCUACGCCACGGUUGGACCACUCGUCUUCUACCUCGCUAUUCAGAGACUCGUCAUCAGGCCCUACGUGCGUGCCCAGAAGGAACAGGACCUGGAGAAGCACCGGGAGAGUUCAGCCUCGGACAUUGCUAGGAAAAGGCAGGAGGCAGAGUCUGCUGUUUUGCUAAUGCAGGAAUCUGUGCGCAGGAUCAUUGAAACUGAGGAAUCUAAAAUGGGUCUCAUCAUCCUCAACGCCUGGUACGGCAAGUUUGUGACGGACAACAGUCAGAAGCAUGAGAGGGCAAAGGUCAUCGAUGUGACUGUUCCGCUGCAGUGCCUGGUGAAGGACUCCAAACUCAUCCUCACAGAGGCCACAAAGUCAGGACUACCUGGGUUCUAUGACCCCUGUGUGGGGGAGGAGAAGAGUCUGAAGGUACUGUAUCAAUUCCGGGGAGUGAUGCAUCAAGUCCUCUCUCCUGAAGGGGAAGCACUCAGGAUACCAAAACAAUCUCACAGGAUUGAUGCCGACACAUAGGAACCUCUUUUCUGGACCGAAUGGGACAUUACACAACGUUAAACUGAUAGUUUGACAAUGGAUGGACAGACUUGUAUUAUAGAGACACCAAUUUACCCCUUGUGUCCUAAAAAAAGUGCUGCAUAUCCCCUCUUUAUGUUGUCCAUAGGAGGAGAAAUGGCAGAAACUUACUCAACAGGGGGUUGCCCUAUUGAAUGAAAUUCAGUCUAAAGUCACUUAAAAUGGGAUGGUCGUAAUCUCAAAGUUCUCCCUUUUCAGGUAUGGCUCGUAAUGGAUGAGUCAGUACUGUAUGGACACUGCAGUGCCUAUGUGACCCUCUUGAAUGUAUUAAUGCACUUCUAUAUAUUUGCCAUAUUAUUAAAAUCUCUUCCAAGCUGCAAUAGCCCAUUUUGGAAAUUGAGCUGGAAACAAUAUUUUUUCACACAAUUGUUUUGUACAACAAACUAUUAGUCAAAAGAUUAACCCAAAGUUGAUUGGAAGUGUACCCCACCUUCUGUAUGGUUUGAACUGUCAGAUCAAUGUAUCUACUGACAUGAUUGCCCAAUAAGGCUAUGUCAUCUGGGUGUUCCUGUGCCUGACAGGUCAGUGAACUGUACUUAAAGUACAGAAAAAAAACAGGCAUGAGAUGUAGGCCUAUAUUCAGUUAUGUAACUUGGGUGGUUUAUUGACAUGUACAUCUAAUGCAUUUACACUUUAGUUCUAGGGAAUGUAUUAGAAAACGUAUGUGUUCAUGUAAUUGCAUUUUUGAAAUAUAUAUAUAUAUAUAUAUAUAUAUAUAUUAAAAACAUUCAGGUCAUGUUUGUAAAGGCCUACAUGCGCAAAUGUCAAUGGAAUAUUUUUCAACUUCAUUUGUGUCUUAAUCCUUGAUUGAUUUUAAUUCAGGAAUAAAAACUCAGUCCAGGAAGGUCCCUUUAAACUCGUGGGAAAAGUAUACUAUAUUAUCCAAAGAAUGGUUUUGUAGAUGUCAGCAAGAUGGAUAGGGCUGCAAAGCUUUCCAAAAUAAAUAUUUUGCACUCCUUGACCAAGAGGAAAUUGGAAAAGGUCUAUGUUUUCAGAAGAGGAUCAGCAAAUGAAUUUAACUCCUUGUGUUCCAAUACAAAAUAGCUUUCCAAUAAAACCAAUGUCAAUCAA